CCGCUGGCCGUGCGGGUGGCCUGGCUGCAGGGCACGGUGCUGGCGGCGCGGGGAGGCUGGGUCCGGCUCCAGGACAACAGUGGCGCCUUCACCGUGCGGGGUGCGGAGCGGGUGCCUCAGGGCCGACCCUGCCUGCGCGCAGGAAACUAUGUAAUGGUGAUGGGUUUUGUUCACACCUGCACUCCAGAGCCUCUUCUGCAGGCUGUGAAGAUGACGGAUCUCUCCAGUAAUCCCAUAAACAAGAUGAUGUGGAGCCUCGAAGUGGAGGAUUUGCAAAACAGCAUCCCAUAGAUAACCAUAUUUCUAUGUUCGUAGUUCCAGAGGAACUGAAAACUUUUACUUGCUUCUACAUGACUGGAGCUAGGAUCUGAAUAUUGGAAUCUCCCCAUAGCUGCUUUUUAUCCUGCAUCCAGCUUGCAUUGAUAAAUAGCAUUCCACUGAAUAUGAGCAGCUCAAGAGCAGAUUUACUUCUUGAAUAAAUUAACAUAAUG